CACCCCCAACUUUUAUACUCACAUGUACGAGCACAGUGAGAACAAUAUUAUUAUAUUAUCCAAUAUCCAUGCGAGUCACGAAAACAACAGACUACGGUAGACUGCAUGAGAUCUUAUCGUGCUCUCAAGACAACGUUAUUACUUAUUACUUAUUUUUAAAAAUCUGAUUUAACCUAAAAAAUCGAUUUUUAAAUUUUACGGCACCCCUCCUUUUGACAGAUAAUAUUGUUAUUAUUAAAUUGUUGUGAUUAUCGUAACAUAUAUUUUAGUUUUCAAACAUUUUUAUCGUUGCCAAACAGUGUUAUGAUUUUUUGAAAUAUUUUUAAUUAUUUAAUUUUGUUUUUGUAUAACAGUUGAUUUUUCUAUUUGACAAAGUUUUAAUUUUAAUUUUAAAAUGAGUACUACGGUAGAUGAAGAAUUUAACAAAAAUAACAUUGCAAUUAAUGAAGCUAAGGAUGAUUCAUUCCAGAAAAUUUCUCGUCCUGUAAAGACAGUAUUGUAUGAAGGACUUCAAGAAAAGGAUGUAGGAAUUACAGAAUUUACAUCAUCUAUUCCUGGGAUUUCUGGUAUAUUGAAACACAGGUUGUCUGAUUUUCAAGUGAAUGAAAUUGCGUUAGAUGGAACUGUUGUGCGACUUACAAGUCGCACUGUUCCAGAAAAGGAAGCCGAAGAUCCUAAUUUGGAAGAUGCUGUUGAUGAAACUGGUUUAUGUGAGAAAUAUUCAAAGGAUAUUGAUGAAUUGGUAGAAUUACAGAGUACCAAAAGCAUUGAAAUCAAUGUAGAUGGAUUAACUAAAGAACAACGUAAAUCAAUACAUAAUUUUUUAAAAUUCAAGUAUGGUAGUAAAGUUAGCACUAACACUAAAAAAGAUGAUCAGAACAAACAGUUUAUAGUCAUAAGAUUAUCUACACUUGUUAAAAAUGAUAGACAAACAUGGCCUAAAUCUAGACCUGAAUAUCUCCAUUUUGCAUUACAUAAAUGUAACAUGGACACAACAAAUGUUGUGAGCAUUCUUUCAAAACAAAUGAGAGUGAAAGUUAAUACAAUUAAACAUGCUGGCACAAAAGAUAAACGUGGAAAUACAACUCAAAUGUUAUCAGUUCGAAAAUUAAAUGCUAAUAGUGUAGCGAAAGUUAAUGCCAGAAAUAUAUGGACUGGUAACUAUGUAUACAAAGAUUCUACACUUAAAUUAGGUUCCUUAAAAGGAAAUAGGUUUCGCAUUGUUCUAAGAAAUAUUAAAGGAAAUGAUGAAGAAGUAUCUAAUGCUAUUGAAAUGUUAAAAUUGCACGGGUUCAUUAAUUAUUAUGGUUUACAAAGAUUUGGUAGCUCAGUUGUAUCUCCCACCUAUGUUGUUGGAAAGUCCUUGGCUUGUGGUAACUGUGAAGAGGCUAUUGAGCAUAUUUUAAAACCUAGACCGCUGGAGAGUGCCUUUGAGAAUGACACUGAUCGUGCUAGAUCAGUAUGGUGGAAAACUAGAGACCCAAAGUUGGCUUUAAAAGAAUUAUCCAAAAAAAAUUAUACAGUUGAAGCAAAAAUAAUACGAUCAUUAGCUUUUAAUGGUCCUAAGGCUUAUGUUAACGCUUUUCAAAUUAUUCCAAGAAACCUGGUAUUAUUAUAUCUUCAUUCUUACCAAAGUUUAAUGUGGAACAAGAUUGUAUCACAACGUAUUCAAAAGUUUGGUUUGAAGCCAAUUGUGGGUGACUUAGUGUUCAAGGACAAUGAAUCAAAAGAAGUACUUGAAGUAAUUGAUGGAGAAGAAAUCAAAGAAGAAGACGAAGAAGAAGAAACUGAUGUAAAUAAUGUAAAAUUUCCAGAAGUUGAAACGAUAUCAGAAGAAAAUUUAUCCAAAUAUACUAUUUUCGAUGUUGUGUAUCCAUUACCAGGUUGUGAUGUAAGUUAUCCAACAAAUGAAAUAGGAAAAUGGUAUAUUGAUCUUUUAGCUAAAGAUGACUUAACUUCUGAAAAACUUUCAAAGAAAAACAAACUGUUUUCACUGAAAGGCACUUAUAGGUCUAUUGUAUCUAAAGCCGAAGAUAUAGUCUGGACUACCAUUAAUCAUAAUGAUUUAAAUGAUGAUUUGUUAUUGUCUGAUAUUGAAGUAAUAGAAAAUAAACAACCAUUUAUUUCUGUACCAGAUGGUUCUUUCAAAUCAUUGUCAAUCGAAUUCUCUCUGCGCCCUUCCAAUUAUGCUACCAUGGUUGUAAGACAAAUAACAAAACAGGACACUUCGUCUCACACACAAGCUUCAUUGUGCAAAAUUUCAAACAAUAAUAAACGAGACUUUAUAUCUACAGAAGAAGAGGAUAACACCAGUAAAAAAAUAAGACUUGAUGUACCCACAGAAGACUAAAUUAAGACAUAAUAUUUUGUUAUAUUUACUAAAUAAUAUAAUAAUAUCUAAAAAGUUGA